AUGCAAGUAUUUAAACAAACACAGACAGACUUCAAUAAAAGCAACGAUUGGCUUUACUUUAAGAGAGGAAAAAUCAAAAUCAAAAUCAAAAUUAAAUUUAGAUACAAGAAAUUCAAAGAAUUUUAAAAACUCAAAUAAAUUAACAAACUAAACAAUUAAAAGAGAAAGGAUAAUUUGAGUUCUGGAGAACAUUUUCAAGAUGAAUAACUAACUUUGCAAACAGAUAAAAAAAUAUUUUAAUCUUUAGUUUUGUUUCAUCAAUAGAUGAAAUGGGGUUCCAUUCCACUAAGUUUUUAAACAAAUCAAAAUGAAGUCUGCAAAGUUUCCUCAUCAAAAUCAUGUUACUCUUUAAUCACCAAGUUAUUUCCAAUUCUCUACAUUUUUUUCGCAAAAUAUUAAUUUCCUUAAGCAUUUAACCCAAAAAUUAUCAUGAUUUCAAGAUAUGACAAUUAUAUUUUAAAUCCCCGAAUCGGUGAACAUCCAAUCCAUUAGUUUUUUAAAAUAGAAAUUAAGAUAACAAAUAAAUACUUAAGUUGA